CUUGCUUCACUGGUUUUUGGAAUGGACUAAAGCAAAUGUUCAUUCCACGCAUACACACAGAUCUUGAUUUUUUAGUAGCUCGACUGUUUUAUGCUGAUUCCGGUCAUGGGCAAGUAUUUAAAGAUAUACAAAUACACAAGGAUUUGGAUGAGCGAACAUCCCAAGAUCACGAGCUCCUUUACUUGCUCAACAGUGUCCACUCACAUUUACUCAACAACCAAAUUGAUGCAUUAGAAGCUAGCUUAUCUAUUGAAGAUGUAAAGGAGAAAUGGAAGAGAAAGAUGGAUUUCAGGCAGUAUUUCCGUGAAUCAAAUUUUGGCGAAGUUAAUGUUGAAGAGCAAGUAUACUCGUAUUUUGAGCAACGCACAGGUGUUGAUAAAAAAAUUUGGUCUCAUUCUCCAUUGAGGAGUGUCCUUUUUAGUUUCCUCAAAUUUGCUCCUGCUAACGACCUGGCUAUGGAUAUUUCUUUUGGAAACAGGAUUGGUCAUUCUUUGAUAUUGGCAAGAGUAUUUUACAAUUCAGUGACAGUGCAUUUUAACAAAUUUUAUCGAAAUCAAAAAGAAAUUUGCCGUGAGGACAACUAUCAGGCAAACUUCCGCACUUUCACAUAUCCAGCUAACAUAUUCAGUCAAACUGCUCAGAGUAUUACAAAGUCUGAAAAACUCAUUAUUAACUUGUUUAAUGAAAUAGAGGGUGGUCGUCAGCUUAAUCUGAUACUUAUAGGACCAAUAACAGACCAGUCAAAGCGAGUCACAACCAAUUUAUUGAUUGAGAAGAUUCAUGAGCACGAGGGCUAUCUCAGUGAUCGUGCAAUUCUACUGGCAAUACGCCCAUUAAUGAUAGGACCAAAGUCAUGUACUGGCCGUUUCAUUCAAUAUCAGCCUCCUAAAGGAAUAUUCAGUGACAUAGAAGAAGAAGUGAGUGACGAUUUGGUUAAAAGCAAUGUUCCCGUUUAUUCAGUGGGUCCUAAUGGAGAUGUGACAAAAAUUGAGCCCAAGGAUCUCAAAAAGUAUCAGGAAAGUUGUAGAUCCUCAACUCAUAAUCCAAAGGAACAGAAGCCACCGCCUUAUGGAUUGGUGAUACAGUGCAAUGAUGUUCAGUGUAUCUAUGAGUUCCGGGUGUUUCGUAAAAAGGAUCCCGAGAAAGAGCAAAGUGAAAGAAGAGAACAGAGGUAGUGAUGACACUUCUACUGAUAAACUGGUGUCACCUCUUCAGAGUUCAACAUCAUUGCCUAAUCUAACAAUCCCUCUUUCUCAAAAUAAUAAUUCUAAUAUUAGCAUUCAAACCCACUGAUUGCCACGUGAAACCACGUGGAGUGGCAAGAAUUAUUAAUUCAAUUAUUAAACUAUUGUUAUAAAUUUUGUAAUCACGUGUCUCAUUUCUUGAAAAAGAGCCCUGCUCCCCUUUCCUGACUUAAUGGCUUUACUAGUUCAAUUUGGUGCUGUUCAUGCGACUGGUAUAACUGACUCCAGCCAAUCAAGUGAGCUUUACUCAAAUCUCUUAAAAGACUAGUCUCGGGGCCAGGCUGCCACCCCCUUCAACUCAAGAUUGGAGCAUGAUGUGUAUAUUACAUCACAUGCUGCUUUUUUUACUGAUAUGUAUCAACUUUCAUCAACUUUGUUAGCAAGUCGUGUAGCGAGGGCAUAGUGGCAAUGGAAUAGUCAUGGCGACAAGAUCUGUGAUCUGC